AUGAAGAGCAAGAAGCAGUUUUCAUAUAUUCCUGGCUUACGCGGAUGUUUCUGGCGUUUUUGGCUGUUCGUGGCGCUCUGGCUUGUGCAGCAGCAGAAUGUGUACUCAUCAGGGGCAUCAAGAAAAAAGGCCGCCGAGGAGGACACAGAAUUGGAAGCCGCCGGAGAACUCGCAGGCGAUACGAUGGCUAAAUUGCAUGCAGAACUGGCUGCCCAGCAGGAAAUAACGGACACCCGGCUGGGGUCAGUACUUCUUACAAAGAAUCGACGCCACGUAGUUGCUUUCAUUGUGCUUUUCUUAAUCUUAAUAAGGGCAAUUGUACUUCGCAGGCGGCGAGAGAGCAAAAAGAAGGUUGAAGAAGAAGUUAUACCUCCCCGAGAGGAACCCCAACCGAAAGAGGAAGAAGGAAAAGAAGAAGCAGAAGAAGAGGAAGAAAAGCCUGUUAUAGAAGAGGAGCCUUCACAGGAACAGGUAGUUUUGCAGCCAGGGGGACCUGCGAAAGAAAUACCUCUGCCACAAAUGCCUACGCAAAUUCCCGUGCCAAGACCGAGGCGUAAACCAAAAGCGGAAGUUCCACCUGAAAAACAACCAGAGGAGCCAGGUGCCGAUGGAGAGCCAGAAGAAUCCGUGAAGAGGCCGGUAACUCGUGCAAGGAAGACUCGGAAGGAAUUUGUCCGGAAGGAGAUGCCUCCUCCCGAGGCCCCUACCCAGGUGCAGCCAGGUAUUGAAGAGCAAGUGGAAGAAGAAGAACCUGUCCAACAACCGACUCAGCCACAACCUGAUGAGCCUCCACCGAUACAACCUACCUUGCCGCAGCUUCCAGAACAACCAGUUGCAGGUCCAGCGCCUGGCGUUCCAGAAGUGGCGUAUAUGGAACCUUCUGUCCCUCCAACUGUCGUCACUGUGCCGCCCGACGAAGUCGGAGAACCCGCCCCUGUGACAGUUAUCCACGAGGACGAGGAGCUGCCAGAAUUGAGGGCUCGGCGGAGCCUCAAGAGCUUGGAUGCUGUUCCAAUUAAGUUGUCUGUAGCGACGCUGUCUUCGGUGGAAAAUACCGCUGUAACUGUGAAACAGGAGAAUGACACGCAGCUUAGUAUCUUGAGGUCAGCACAAUUCAUAGAUGAGUGCGAAGCAGAUGAGUUCGUCGAUAUUUACGCAGCCGUUGCUGCGCUGAACUUCAGGAUGAAAACCUUGCAGCGCUUGGCUGAACUGGAUGCCGCAUUGAACAGAGAUAUUCUAGAGAUGCAGAAGAGGUGGAUGAAGGGGAUGCUUCAGCUCGGCCGGAUACCGCUCGAGGUGGAUGCAAAUUUGGUUCAGGAACUUAAUGUACUAUUCUCACAGAGCCGUCAAGCACCUCCGGGUCAGUCAGCUUCUGGAAUAACAGCCGCAGAUAUGCAAAUCAUCAGGGGUAUGUUUAUUCGGCAGCAUGAGGAUGUGCAAGCUAUGGAAAAGGCAACAAGCUUCGACACUGUUGCCACUAUGUAUGAACGCGCGAGGAUGUUCAACCAAAAGCUCGAAGGCAUAUUGGAUGUGCAGAAGAACAAGUUGCGUGCAGCUCUGGAGCGCCAGCCGCUCACCAAGGAAGAGGCCACCGCUGCGGCUGAGGCGAUGGCGAAAAUUGCUGACACUGCCGUCGACGAAGGCGAAGAAUGCUGGCGUUACUUGCAGACUGUGAACUCAGAGAUUAGCGGAAAAUAUGAAGAGGGACCCGGAGGAUUUGGCGGCAAGGCGUUGUUGCAAAAGCUGACAACUAAGAAAAAAGCCGGUACUGCUGAGCAAGCAGAGAGUGCGUUUUGCUUUGACAGCGCGAUGGCAAGUGAUGUGAAGAAGCAUUUUCCCGAGCAGUGGCGCGACAUCGAAGCCUUUUCGAAGGAUCAGUGGAUGAAGGUGAAAGAUAUGCUCGAGAAGGCGAAGAAGGGGGCAAAGUACAAACUCGAUAAAGAGGGAUUUGGAUCCAGUGCACUGGAUAAGAAAACAAACCUGAGGGUGGAGACGGCAAGGAAGAAAGCAGAGGCAGGGGGCCCCUCAAUGCUAAUGCGAUAUUAUAGCAGAUUAGUAAAGGAAUUUGAGGCGUAUGAGAGUGUGGUGAACGCUGCAUUGAUUUAUCCAUUCCGGCGCGGGUCACAGCAGUGGAGUGAGUUAGGGGAACUGAAAUCGCGAUUCGACUCUGAAAAGGCACUAGCAAGGGGAAGCCGAGAUUUUGACGCGAUACCUGAAUAUACAGCUACAAUGCUGCAGACAUGCUUGAAAAUCUGGAGUCUGGUUGAAGCAGAAAGAGAAAUUCAACUUAAAGGGGCAAUGGAAAAGGCGCGCAUUGAUCUCCAUGAUUCAGCGCAGGGUUAG